AAACAAACGGCAAAUUACUUGGAAAAACUGAAGCUGAGAGAGAAGGUGAAAGAAAAUUUAGACACCCCCAGAAACAGCAGAAAAAACUGUUUUUUUUUCUUGUUUGUGUAAGAAAGGAGGAAAAGAGGGAUAACGGAAGGUUGGUUAUUUUCUCUGUUUUUUCGUCUUCUAUAUAGGAAAUUAGACAUACGCAUCCAUUUGAUCGAAUUACAAACAAGGUUAUUUGUGGUUGUUGUUUGUACGUUUAAUGGAGCGGAACCCAGAGUCCGAUCCCCAACCGGAAUGGACUGCUCCGGGAUCCGAAACGGGGCUCGAAGAGCCGGUUUGGAGGUUGGGAUUAGAGGGAGGGUCGGAAUCAUACCCGGAACGACCAGACGAAGCUGAUUGUAUUUACUAUUUGAGGACUGGGUUUUGUGGCUAUGGUUCGAAUUGUCGGUUCAAUCAUCCACGUGAACGUGCUGGGGUUAUGGGAGGUGGAAGAAGCAGUGUCGGAGAGUAUCCGGAGAGAGCAGGCCAGCCAGUUUGUCAGUAUUAUAUGAGGACGGGAGCAUGCAAAUACGGUGCUUCCUGUAAGUACCAUCAUCCUAAGCUGGGAGGUAGUUCUGUGCCACUGAAUUAUUUCGGAUAUCCAUUACGCCUGGGUGAAAAGGAGUGUUCAUACUAUGUAAAGACCGGGCAAUGUAAAUUUGGUGCAACAUGUAAAUUCCAUCAUCCUGCACCGCCAGCUAUGCAGGUUCCAGUACCAUCUCCAGCACCACAAGUUGCGCCUGCACCUACACCAGUUCCUUCUCCAAGUGUGUAUUCCACAGUGCAGUCACCAUCUGGCCCUUCCUCCGAACAAUAUGGAGCUGUAAUGGCAAGGCCUCCACUGAUGCCAGGCUCCUAUGUGCAAGGCCCCUAUGGUCCUUUGCUACUUUCCCCAGGUGUUCCAAGUUGGAAUCCGUAUCUGGCACCUGCCAAUCCUGGUACUCAACCCACUGCUCGAUCAAGCUCAACUUUUGGGGCAACACCAUUAUCUCCUUCAGCACUUGCCUAUACUGGAUCUUAUCAAUUUGUAUCAUCCAAUUUUCGGCCUUCAAGUAGUAUUCAAGAGGAUGAGUCUUUUCCAGAGAGACCUGGGCAACCAGAAUGUCAGUAUUAUAUGAAGACUGGUCGUUGCAAAUAUGGAUCCUCCUGUAGAUAUCAUCAUCCACCAGAAGUGUUUGCACCAAAAGAUGUCAUCCUCAGCCCUCUUGGUCUUCCACUUCGUCCCGGUGCACCACCUUGCACUCACUACUCGCAACAUGGAGUGUGCAAGUUCGGAGCGGCUUGCAGGUUCGACCAUCCUAUGGGAAUGUUAAGUUACAGUCCAUCUGCGUCUUCUCUUGCUGAUAUGCCUGUUGCCCCCUAUCCUGUUGGAUCCACAAUAGGCACUCUAGCUCCUUCAUCCUCAUCUUCGGAUUUACGACCCGAAGUUCUUUCAGGGUCUAGCAAGGAUUCUGCUCCAGCCAUAAUGUCAUCAUCGGCGAGCGCUUCAAGUGAAUCGGUUGGUCCAGUUUUCUCCAAAGGUGCACCUGUUCGUCAUUCACGCACACAACAGAGCAGUCGGAGUUCUGCCCCUUCUACUGGCGGUGGCAGCGACGAAGACAGUGAGCCACAUGCUUCAAGCUAAGAGAAAGGAGCAACCACCUCAAUCCUGUUUUUUUUUCGAUCGAGGUCAUGGUUCCAUCAUUAUAUUUUCUUGUAACUAUCAUAGGAUAUAUUUCAUCUCAAAUAAGCCGGUGACCAAACCGUAAAAAAUUCAGCAAAACCCUAUACACCAUGCUAUUGAAUAACCACCGAGGAACCCGCAUUUACAUCGGGGAGAACCGAGUCAACUCAUCCAGUUUUCCAAGUCCAUAGCAUUUGUUUAUGGAGGAAACAAAUAUAGGAUCCUUAGCAUUCUUCCCUCAACAUCAUCUGUGUUGUUCACCCCCAUCAUUCUCGGAUUUUAGGUUCAAUAUCGGGACGAGUUCCGGAUUCAGCCUAGAAAGGAACUUGAUUGCCUUGUUGCCCCUAACCCCACGUUUUAUCUGUGGUGGAUGUGAAGAAAAUAAUUUAUGAACAAACUCUCAACGAAAGUCAUACAUAUGUAUGGGCGUAGAUACAUACAUAAUCAUGUUGUGAAAAUGGACAUGCUUUGACAUUGUUUGGUACAUCAUUUAUGUG